ACACGAGACGGCAGACCACCUGCUCUCUCCUCACUCUCUGUCACUCACACUCCCUUCCGAUGCUCGCUUGUUUCAUCACAAAACUCAACAUUCAGAUUUACAGCCGGCUGGGGCGCGACUCCUAGCUAAAUGUCAAUAUUAUAUUCGGAAAAUACCCGAAUGUUGGUAUAUUGCUGAUAGUGGGUGUUUAGUGAGGAAAUGGUGGGAUCACAGCCUCGCCUAGAUUUGGUUGUCAUGGUUACUGUGUAAACUACAUUGUCCCUCAAGACACUCCAUCAAGACACUCCUCAAGACACUCAAUAUUACUACUGUAACUGGGCUCCAGACUCCGGCAGUCACCUCUACUUGAAGCACCAUGUCGCAGGGGAAAGGCGGAGACUCGCAGAAGGGCACCACCAUCCGGGAGGCCCUGCGGCAGUGGGAGGAGAACACGGGGGAGAGGGCAGCCGAGGCCACGGAGGUCAAGCUCAUCGGCCUAUACCCACCCAUCGAGAAGCUCGACUCAGCCUUGCAGGUCUUGGUCAACUGCGAGAAGUUGAGCCUGUCCACCAACAUGAUAGAGAAGCUCGGUCAGCUUAACAACCUCCGCUCCCUCAAGAUCCUCAGCCUCGGCAGGAACAACAUCAAGAACUUUACUGGUUUGGAGGUGCUGGCCGAGACGCUGGAGCAGCUGUGGAUCUCCUACAACUUCAUAGAGAAGCUGAAGGGGGUCGGCCUCCUGAAGAAGUUGAAGGUACUGUACAUGUCCAACAACCUGGUGAAGGAUUGGUCUGAGUUUAUGAAGCUGAGUGAAGUGCCCACACUGGAGGAGCUGAACUUUGUUGGUAACCCGCUGGAGGAGAAGUACUCGGGCGAGGGCACCUGGAGGACGGAGGUGGAGCGCAAGCUCACCUGGCUCAAGAAACUCGACGGCCUCCCCAUCAUCCGCGAUGUUGACGAAGAGCUGAUCCUUGAGCAGCAGCAGAGCAGGAAGGACUCUAUAGCGGAGCCCACUCCUGCCCCUUAAGACCACCACAUCAGAUCCGGCUGCUAAGACAGCCAGAGCGGACCGGACUCCUGCCUCAUAUCUCAGCCAUGGCGGACUGGACCCUUGCCUCCUAAAUCAGUAGAAGGACUUGUUACAACUUACGUCCUCCUUCUAGCUUCCCAUGGAUGCUAGAAAUAAACUCUUCUCGACCCAUGGGUUGAAGGGACCCAUCCCCCACUUAAUAGUCCAAGAAUAGGACUUCGUAGGCUCCCCCUCCAAAUCCUAGUACGAUAAAGGGACCCCCAAGGACUUUCCUUAGCCCAUCAAAACUCAGUCUAUUUCUCUCAACUUCCUAGAACAGAGGUGGGACUGUGAAUCUCGACCACCACCAGUUUCAGGUCACCGGUGGCGCCCCUUUCACUGUCAAGUCUAAUAGGACCAUAUGGACUCCUCCGCCACCUAGUCCAGCAGGACUACACGGACUACUCUUCCACAAUUGUACUCUAGUAAUCCAUAUUCUGGGGCUAGAUUCACGAAGCAGUUACGCAAGUACUUACGAACG